AUGGUUGGUGGUGGUUGGAUGACGAUCGAACAGAACACUAGGUUACAAAAGGAUCUCAUCCAUCCGCAAACGGUUUGGCUUCACGACCACGUGACGAAGUUUGAGCCGAAAAAGAACAUGGUCACGCUAGGGAAUGGUGAUGAGAUAACGUACGACUAUAUGAUUUUGGCAACUGGUGUGGAGCUACGAUGGGAUAUGGUCAAAGGCUUACCAGAAGGUCUCGAUACCCCUGGUGUCACUUCAAACUAUUCACCAAAGCACUGCACGAAGACCUUCAAAGAGCUGAACGCUGUAACGGUAAUAUUAGUUGUGGUGAAGAAAGGCGUCACGUAA